AUGCUGCCAUUUCCUCAACGAACAAUAAAUUUACCUGUGGAGAGCACAAUAUAUAAGAGGAAAAUGGAGGAAUCGUACAAAAACUUAACGGAACUUGAGAAAUAUUUGGUGAGAAAAAGAAGAUAUUACCAAAGUCUUGUUUUCAUAACGCAAUUCACGCUGCAAACAUAUUUAAAGUCGGUGAUGUCAUAA